AUGUUGCGUAGUAGCAAGGGUCAAGCGGCGAGCGAGGCCGAUAUUCGCCGCGAACAAUCCAUCUCUGGCCGUACAAAUAUGAGCGGAUCACGCCUCCGCGUUCGCCGCGGUUCUAGUUUGACGGACUUGGACAAGCUUCGCUGUGGCGGCGGAUCUAGUGCAGGUGGUUCUAUUGGCGAUCUAAUGAACCUGUUCAGUGGUAGUGCGAAUUCCAUUGGCAGUGACAGUUUAGUAGCUCGGACAAUGCCGUUAGAGACUGUAAGAAGACAUGUUCCACCUGCAUCUACACCACCCCCACAGCAACCACCCUCUCCUCUUAUACAUGUGUCGAGACCAGUUGGUCCACUGACGAUGGCUCAAAGGACUUUAAGGUUCAGCAGACUCUUAAAGUAUCAACCCUGUUCAACUGACGUCGUUAUAAUUUUGGUAAGUUAA